AAAGAUUUAGAUGUAGAGAAUCUGUAGUUAAAGAUGGAUCACCAUGUAAAAAAUGUCAAAAAAAUCAUGUUUAUUGUAGAAAUUCAUGUCAAAAAUGCUGUAAACGAUAUCAAUGUAAUGAUUUGAAAUGUUCAAAUUGUGCUGAAGAUGGAAUUGAAUGUAAAAGGACAAUGAUUACAACACAAGAACAAUUUGAAAAUAUUAACGAAGAUGUUAAAUAUUUCUCUGGACAAUAUGAAAGAGGAGAAUCUGGACGAUUUCAUGAACAGUGUUAUGUUCAAUUAAAUUCAUGGAUGAACUUUAAACAGAUUAAAGAAAUUUUUGAAAAUAUGAGUAUAAAUAUAAUGAAUGAUUUUUAUGGAGGUGAUAAAAAUAUUUAUUGUGAUAAAUGUAAUGAUUCUUGUCAAGAAUUUCGUGAAUUGUUAAUUGUUCACGAUACUUUAGGAAAUAAAUUAACUUCAGAGCAUAAAGGUCCAUUUAUUUUUGGAGAAAAAAAUUUCAAAGAAAGGAUAAGUAAUGAAAAAGUGAAAAUUGAUGAAAAAGAACAAGGGAGUUUUGAAAAAGCU